AUGGCCUGGGAGCCUGCACAUAAUGCGGAGCAGUUCGUGCUGGGUCUGUUCAAGAAGCAUCCUGACCGAAAAAGGGAUGCGGACCGCUUCCUGAACGGACUUGAGGCCAAGAUUCGUGCUUAUGGGGGCAAGGUGUGCGUCCGGUCUGAUCAGGUCGAUUUGUGGGAUAUCAUGGAUGGGAAGGACCACAACGUGGAACCCAACCACUUGAAUCCAGCCGUGUUCGACUUUGAGACUGUCCUCGUGGCCUGCUUCAAGGAUCUGGAAGCCGUGCAUUCUUGGUGGUCCUCUGAUCAGGUCUUCGAACUCAUGAAGCAUCGUAGCCCGCUGACGAAGAUGAGUCUUCACACGGUCGAUGGCCUUGUGCCGGGCUUCGAGGGCACCAAGAAGAGAGCUGCUACAGGUGACAAGCUGAUGCUACUGGAGAUUGCCAAAGUCGAGUCGUUCAGACCGAUGCAACGCUACGUGGAUAUGUACAAGCGAUUGGCAGCCAAGGCUCCCAAGGACAUCGGGACCAUUUGCAACCUGCUUUUUGCAGAAGGCAUCAGUGGCGUUUUAGUGAACGAGUUUCCUGUACAGGCAGUUUGCGCAUCGUGCUGGCGAACCAGAUCUGAUUUGAUCUCUUGGUACGAAGCGCCGAACUACCAGCAGGAUCUCAUGCCCUUGAGAUACGACUUCGCGAGGUGCUUUACCGUCGCGGUUCCCAUGUACGAAGAGAGAAAGGAAUCUAGCGAAAACCUCAAGAGAAGAGGGUCCGCAGCUGCUGGGAUGAAGCUGAGAGGCUUGCAGGUGUGA